AUGUUUCACAACAGCAGAUAUGGUUUGACGGUUCAUCCAACUCGCGUUGUUUGCUCUCUGUGCUCCCUGCCCGGGAAUCGCCGCAUACCCCUUCAGCCCUGUUGUGUUUAUCCGGGGGAACUGUACCCCGAUUCCCAUGUGGAGUUUCCGAUAAAUCCUGUACUGGCUGUGCGUUCACCCUCGUAUAGCCUCGCGGCGGACUCCCUCAAUAUGAUGCGUACGUCGUCUCGUCACUACCAGUCGUAUACUAUUCGCGAUAAAGAUCAAGUACAAACUGCAAGGGAUACCGAAAGGGAGGCAAAUAAUUCCAACAGUGGUAGAGAGGGUUUUAACCGACAGCAGCGUUUCAAGAAAAAGCGCCGCAAGCGAACCAUUUUCACUUGUGAACAAUUGAGUCGACUGGAAUCGGAGUUUGCUGACCAGCAAUACGUUGUGGGCGCAGAACGACAGCAGUUAGCGGAGGCGCUGAAUCUUUCAGAGACACAGAUUAAAAUCUGGUUCCAAAAUCGCCGAAUCAAAUGGAGGAAGGAGAACAAGCAGCAUUUCCCUGAUUUCCUUGUCGGUUCCUUCACAGUGGCAUGCCAAACUCGAUCAAUUGAAAAAGAAACUUGGAUUGACAAGGUUUAAAGGAAUAAAGGAACUCAUUCACCCCGCAUGCACAGAAGCAUAGUUAACAGUGUUCAGAAAAGCAGGAAUGUGCAGAACUAUAUUUAAAUAUACGAGCUGACGCAUUUUAAGAAAAAGGAUAACAUAGAAGCUUGUAAAUCUCGUUAACUUUAUGCAAAGGUAUCUUAUAAAAACAGUCUUAAAGUCUUUAACGUACCAUCCUUGGGUAAAUCAGGUGCGCUUUUUUUUUUAGCUAAAUGUUUAGCAAUAAUGUUAUCAAUGCAAACAUUACUGGCGUGAUAUA